AAAUGGAACACUCCAAUUAAAAAUCAGAGUCUUGUAACGUUCUCUCUUUAUUUUUGAAAUCACGAAAACAGUUUUCUGCUAUCCGUUUUUGCUCGACCGAUCAUAUAUCUCAUUCUCAUUCUCCGAAACCCCCAUAUCUCGUUCUGUCUGGGAGAAGUAAAUAUAGUUCCUUUUUGGAUUCAUAGCCAUGGGUACUGGGGAUCUUAUAAACAUUCACCCUUCAGAACUCAAAUUCCAGUUUGAAUUGAAGAAACAGAGUUCGUGUUCUUUACAAUUGACCAAUAAAACAGAUAAAUACGUGGCAUUCAAGGUUAAAACAACCAACCCCAAAAAAUAUUGUGUCCGUCCCAAUGUUGGUGUACUUUUGCCUCGAACCACAUGCAAUGUUACCGUUACAAUGCAAGCUCCAAAAGAGGCACCCCCUGAUUUGCAGUGCAAGGACAAAUUUCUACUUCAAAGUGUUGUUGCACUGGAUGGUGCAAUCACAAAAGACAUUACCCAGGAAAUGUUUAACAAAGAGGAUGGUAAGGUUGUGGAAGAGUUUAAGUUAAGGGUCAUUUACGUUCCUGCAAAUCCCCCAUCACCUGUCCCCGAAGAAUCUGUAGAAGGUUCUCCUCCCAGAUCAUCAGUGCUUGAGAAUGGGCAUCAAAAUCAGUUAUUGUUUGAUGCUGUAUCGAGAUCUUUAGAGGACCCUAAAGAGAAGUCUUCAGAGGCUUGGUCAAUAAUUUCCAGGUUGACUGAGGAGAAAACUUCUGCAUUGCAACAAAAUCAGAAUCUACAUAGGGAACUGGAUCUACUGAAGAAAGAAAUUAACAAAAGUGGUGCUGGUGCUUUCUCGUUCUUACAUGUGGUGCUGGUUGGUUUCCUUAGCAUCCUGGUUGGCUACUUGGUCAAGUAAACAUCGGACCUGCACUGGGUAUUGGAAUCAAUAUCAUUGAUGCUCCUGAUCUUUCCAAGACCUGUUUUGGACUUCUCUCCUUUUAGUGUGUACUGUAAAUUGUAGCUUCUUCCUAUUUUAUUUUGACAUUAUGAUAUUAUGUAUGAUUGAUUUAUCGAAGUCUCAAGACAACUUUCUGGUUCAUAGGUGGUUGGAUGGGCCAUGGCCCGGUUUGUUGCAGAACUAAAUGUUUGGUUGGGUUUAACUAUAAAUUUAUUUGCUCAUUGUUAUU